GGCGUCUAUUGGAUCCGUACUGUGACGUCGUCCGUCUCGCAAUAUUGUUUUAAUUCGGAUUACACGCGGCGCGGGCGGCGCUGACACUCGUGAAGCGUUCUCUGAUGUGUUAUUUGCAUUUUGCGCUAAUAUCCAGCUGAAAAUAUAGACCUUAUCGUGCCUUAAUUAUUAAUCAAAACAUUAACUAUGGCGUACACCUGGGACAAUAGAGUCGCGUUUGUUGUACGAUAUCUUUAUGACAUUGAUAAUAACGGCUAUUUGGAUGCCCACGAUUUCCAAUGCCUCGCUUUGAGGACGUGUGUAUUGGAAGGGAAAGGGGAUUGCAGCUCGAGCCGCUUACAGAAGUACCAACAUAUAAUGCUGAGUCUCUGGGAAGAAAUAGCCCAGCUGGCGGACUUCGACAAGGUGCCAGACUAUGAUGGAAUAGUAACUGCCGAUGAAUUCAAACAGGCAGUACAAAAUAGCUGUAUUGGAAAACGUUAUGAGGAUUUCCCACAAGCGAUGAAAGCUUUCAUUGAGACAAAUUUCAGGAUGAUUGACAUAAAUUCCGACGGAAUUCUCGGCAUUGAGGAGUACCGAUACGAUUGCGUACAGCGAAUGGCUGUGGAAGACAUCAAAGCUAUAGACGAGGCGUACAAUUCCUUGUUAAAUGACGACGAUAGAAGAAAGGGUGGAAUCGCACUAUCGAGAUACCAAGAACUCUUCGCUCUCUUCCUCAGCGAUCAAGGCGACGACUGCCCAGCAAAGUACCUGUUCGGACCUUUAGAAUUAUAAGUUAAUCUGCGUUACAAUAAAAUUAUGAACUGAUUUUCAAUUUAAAUUAUACGUAAUUUAUUAUAAUUAAUAUAUACCUAACAUUAAGAACAUAAUAUGUUAAUUCUAGACCAAUAUUAAUGAGCGAUAUUUUAUUUAAAAAAAACCAAAUACGUAGCCUAAAGUCGCUUACCACUUCAUCUUAAAGGAAGGCCAGCUAAAAGUUCAGAAACUUAAGUAAUGUUCCGUAACACAAAAUUAAAUAGAACAGUUUUCUUAAUUAUAAUCAAGAACAUUAAAUUCGUUAUUUAAUAAUUAAUUAAACAUGUGAUUAAAAUUAUUAAAUUUUAGAGAGUUUUGUAGGAAAAAAAUGUCUUAGUAGUUAAUUGGUUCUCAUACAAUAUUAUCAUGAGUACAGACGCAAAAUUCUUGACCUGUAAGUAUCCGGAAACUAUUCUAUUUAUAAAAAAACGCAUCAUAGAAAGUCCCGCUAAAAAUACAAUAUCGCCCCGCAGAUACGUAGCGUUUAAAAAUAGAUCAUCAAUAAUUUUAGAUGCGUUCUAAAUUCCAACAUGAUAAGACAUCAUUUCGAAAGCUAAAAAAGUCAUAAGUAAGUCCAUGUAAUAUAUUGAAAAUAUUAAGUUUGAAAUCUUUUUUAGAGCUAACAAUGUGUGCGAUGUUCAAUAUUUUGUUACCUUUAUUGUGUUACAAUUUACAUGUGUUAUAUGAAUUUAAUAUAAUAAUCAAUUGAUACCUGAAUCGUUUAA